GCUCAAGUGAUUUGUCGUCCAUUACCUUAAUGGAUGUAAGAGUCAGGAAUCUGAGAAGGUUAUGUGAUAUGAAUUCUUGAAAAUCUACACUUAACAGCCAUGUUUUCUAUUUAUUUGGAAGUUUAUGUUUGUGUUUAAAGUAAAUUCAUUCCAUCCUUUAAAGCAGAAUAUAUAAAUAAUGUUUCUAGUAAAAAAUUUUACAGAAGUUAAAUUAGAAGUAGAUGAAGCAAUGUAUGCAAAUUGUCUAGUUUAUGUAUGUACAAAGCUCUUAAAAUGUAAAGAGGCAGAUAAAAUCAAAACAGUUUGUCAGAGUGAAAGCUAUUUAUUUUAUUAAUGAAAAAGUCCUGACAAAAUAUAUUUUAUUAUAAAUGGCUGUAACGACAAAUACCGAAGAAGAUCCAGCCAAAGAACUGCCUCUUCAAUCAGAACCAAAGAAUAUAUCCUUCUUUGAUUGUCGCCGUCUUUGUUAUAAUGUGUUCAAACUUCAUCGAUUUAAAAAUAUUGAGGUGGAAUAUCUGUAUCAACGUUAUUUUUUGCACCUAAACCAAAGAAACUUAACUGCCCUUCUUGGAAUUCUUGUAGCUACUGGAAUCGUCAUGUUGUUAUUUAAUUAUGUUCUAAGCACAUUUGGCUCUCUUUUACAUGGCAUUAUUUUUACUAUCCUAAUAAUAAUAUAUUUGAUAAUGGGUUUUAUCAGUAUGCAGUCAUUCUUUAAUCAGAUUUACUUGCUAGUGUUUUCCUAUACAAUUCUAACCUCCUUCUUUGGUUUUGUAAUUCUUCUUGCUGUCAAUUCUGGCACGUGUGUACCAACAUCAGGGAUAUGGUGUGCUGUUUUUUUUGUAUAUCUGACUUAUACACUACUACCAGUUCGAAUUCAAGAAUGUAUCACAUGCAGUAUUUUGUUAUGUGUGAUUCAGAUAGCAUGUGCUCUUGGAAUGAACUAUGAAAAUCCCUUCCUUUGGAAACAGUUAUUUGCAAGUCUGUUGUUGUUUAUUGCUGUAAAUGUUGCUGGAAUAUUCUCCCACUUUCCAAGUAAAGCAUCACAACGUCAAGCAUUUAUGGAAACUCGACAAUGCAUCCAAGCUCGUUUAAACAUUCAACAAGAAAAUCAACAACAAGAACGUCUAUUGCUCUCAGUAUUACCUAGACAUGUUGCUAUGGAAAUGAAAGCAGAUAUUGCAAAAAAACCCGAAGAUACCAUGUUUCAUAAAAUAUAUAUUCAAAGACAUGAAAAUGUUAGCAUCCUGUUUGCCGAUAUCUGUGGUUUCACCAGCUUAUCAUCCCAAUGUACCGCAGAAGAAGUAGUUAAAAUUCUUAAUGAAUUAUUUGCUCGCUUUGAUAAAUUGGCUUCAGAAAAUCAUUGCUUACGCAUUAAAUUAUUAGGAGACUGUUAUUAUUGUGUAAGUGGAUUACCGGAUCCUCGUCCUGAUCAUGCUCAGUGUUGCGUAGAAAUGGGAUUAGAUAUGAUAGAAGCUAUUGCUUUAGUGAGAGAAGUAACUGGCGUAGAUGUAAAUAUGAGAGUUGGAAUUCAUACUGGCCGUGUUCAUUGUGGAGUAUUGGGAUUAAGAAAAUGGCAAUUUGAUGUCUGGUCCAACGAUGUCACUUUAGCAAAUUAUAUGGAAGCUGGAGGAAUUCCUGGACGUAUCCAUAUCACAAAGGAAACUUUAAAAUGUUUGAAUGGAGAUUAUGAAGUUGAACCUGGUAAUGGUGGUGAAAGAAAUGCUUAUUUAAGGGACCAUAAUAUUGAAACUUAUUUAAUUAUAAUGGAUGAUAAACAAAGACCAGUGAACAUUCGGCCAAGGAAAAGUAUUGUAGCCCAGAAUAGCAUAUCAAAGGAAAUGAGAAUGAUUGGCCAUACGGACAGUAAUAAUUCUGAAACGAGAUGGAAAAAUACAGGAAAUGAUAUAAAGAAUCCACAAGAAGAAGUAAAUGAUUAUCUGUCCAGAGCCAUUGAUGCACGAAGUAUUGACAGACUAAGAGCUGAACACUGCAGAAGAUUUUUGCUCACAUUCCACAAACCAGAAGUGGAAGAAAAAUAUAUGAAAGAAGGGGACCAAAUGUUAGCAACAUAUAUAAUUUGUGCUGGUUUGAUGUUGUUGUUUGUUCUUGUAAUUCAGCUUAUCAUCGUUCCUCUAUAUUGGCUACAGCUGGUACUGCAGUUAGGAGGAGGACUUGCUAUUUUAGGAAUUAUACUAUUUGUGGAAAGUCCACAGACAGAAACACCAAAUUCUUUCAUUCCAUCGAAAUGUAUAAAUUUAUCAAAAACUAUUGUUGAUAACAGAAGAUACAACCAGUUAUUAUCAAUUUUUGUUUUACUAGUCAUCUAUAUUUGCUGUAUUACACCUAUGUUUCUGUUAGAUAUAACCCAUUCUACUGGCUGCUGGCAGCUACACUUAAAUUUUUCCAAAUUAGUUACAUCUAUAGAAAAUGGUACAUUAAAAUGUGAAGAUUUUCUCCUGAAUGGAUUUACAGAUGUAAGAACUUUUUCAAUUAUUAAAGAAAUUAUUAACAUUUAUUUUUAAGAAUAUUUUAUGAAUUAUUAAAUAAAAAAAGUGAAAUCCCAUUUAAUGUGUAUCUAUAACACAAAUUUGUAUGAUGUGACAAAAAAAUUGCAACUUGUAUGCCUAAAUAAUUUUAAUUUUGUCUUCCAACAUUAUGCAUUUUCUUCAACUUCUAGGUCUAGGUUUAAAUUUGAAUAAAAUCAUCUAAUAAUGCAUGUCUUGAUAACACAAUUUUCUAAAAUGUGGAACGUACCCUCUCAUAUUAUAUGGGACUCCACUGUAUUCUGUUUUAUUUAUUUUAUAUUAAGACUAAUAGCAUGUGAUUUUUUAAAAAUAUAUUUUAAUUGUAUUAUAAGUAGCUUCCGAAUUUAAGAUAAUCUAAUUCAGAUAAAAUUCAGAUAGGGUAGUUAAAUGCAUUU